AUGUUUUCUAGAUUUCACAUGCAAUCAGUCGUCAUGACAGAUAUUGAAUUAGCGAUUGAAAGAAUUUGUGAAACAUCAGUGGCCCAUCUAGAACCAGAAUGUACUAAAGGUAAAAAAUGGAUCAAUACUUUACCGAGUAACUCCAAUUGGUUCUCAUGGGAGUGGCUAUGCGAUGGCGAUUAUGCAGGAUACCUUCGAGCACGUGCUAUACCUAAUAUUAUAACUCAGCAUUUGACCCCCAAAUCUACAUGGUUUAUCCCAUUACUACAUAAAUCAGAAGUUAUUUUUCAUCACUCAACAGCUGACUACCUACAAGAACUAAGCACUUAUAAAAUUUAUAACAUACUACCAAAUGAAAGCAUGCAUGAAGAAUUUCCACUUACAUUAGGGUGGGCACUAAAAGAAAAUCAAAAAUUCAGAAAAAAAAGAGCAGGUAAAAGAAUUAGUAAGCACGUAAUAGCUUAUUUGAAAGAUAUUUUUUGGUGGGAAAGUGAUAUUCCAAAAGUGUCAACUAUUCAAAACUGGAUCGCAAGAUAUGCAAUGCAACACAAGCAAAAAAUGGUGCAA